AUGGCUAUACGCAACGAGAUGCUUUCGCAACAAAGACAAGCUGACUGGCUGUUUACAAAACUGAACGAGGUUAUGAUAGAAGAGUGUUACCGUUAUAGAAAGAACGAGCAGCCGCAGCUAGAUUCUCUCUUCGAUGCGAAGCAAUGGGAGCAACUCGUCAAUACGGCACAAUCUAAAAUCAGAACGAGUAAGCAGUGUCUCGCUCCGCUUGUUAAGACAGCCCAAUAUUGGGGCAUGACUAAAGUUCAAUACUACGAGUGGGCUUCGAUGGGACUCAAGUACUGCGAUGUACUUGCAGCUGCUGCUUCUCAAAAUCCUGUCUGGGAAGACGCCCGGGUUAAGCUGAACCAACUGCUUCUGAGAAGAAUUACAGAAGGGCGUUUUCUAAGAAAGACAGCAAAUCCAUUCUACCUAGUCGACUUGGAGCACCUUGCUGCUUGGACAGGCAAAACCGACUUUGAAAAGAAAGGCCGCAGAGCAUAUACGUUGAAGUAUGAGACGAUUGCCGAGUCCGAUUUGCCAGUUGACUAUGUACUUGACCGAUUCGGUGUCAUUAAGUCCCAUAUCAUCCGAAAAAGGUUGCGGAUAUAUUCAGAAGAAGUACAACAACCGUCUUUAAUAGCCAUCUUUCUCAGCGAUGUGCUCGUAACUGGAAAGCAUUGCGGCUGCUCCUUGUACAGGGCUGCUGUGUAUUAA